UGGUGAAAACAUGGAGCAGGAUUGUGUCGCUGGUCUGUACCGAUCUCUGGGUAUGUCUGUCGGAGCAGAGUUUUCCUCUGCAGAUGUGAGUCGCCUCUACCGCAAAGUGUUUUGUGUUCCCUCUGACACUGAUGAAGCACAUGUGGCCAUGAAGAAGAUCGCAGGAGGUGACAAUAGCUGGUCCUGUGUAGGUGAAAAUGUGUUGGAUGUUCUCAUAGAAAUGGAAAGGGAGAGGGAAAAGAAGGAACAGCUCUACUGGGACCUCCAGCUGCUAAAUGCUGGAAAUCCCAACACUCUCUGUGUGAUGGACAAGCCAGCUGUCAUCGAUCUUCAUGUGCUGAAUUGCCUGCACCAAAGCUCAGACCCAAAUACUUUCAAAAAAGCUGACAACCAAUCAGAGUCAGAAUCUUUACAGUCAUGCACAUUUGACACUGUCAGUUUACAGAGGGAGAGACAAGUGAGGGGUAAAGAGCAGGAUGGGAGUGUGAAGGGAGUGAAGAGGCUGAAGGUAGCCAGGCACUGCUGGGCAAGAUUGGCAUCAGAGGGUGCAAAAAGUAUAUUGCCCUCUCCCUGGCAGGGUCAAAGCCAAGAGUUUAGAGGUCAGGCCUGGGGCUGUGUCUCCCUGUCAGAUGUCCUCCUCUUGGUGGAUGUGAAGUAUGAUGUGGUGACCCACUUGCUUUAUACAGAAAUGCUCCAGGAGCACUACACUCUGAGUGUCUGGGAGACUCUGCUGCCAUGGCAAAAACACAAGGAAGAGGAGGGGCUGGAGGAUCUUGCAGAGGAGGCUUUGGAGUCAGGUGACAUGCUCCGUUUGGCUGAGCUGCCAGGAGCAUUCAGGAUAUACAGGACCUGCCUGGGAGAGUCUUUUAGAAGCCGUCCUGAGUCUGGGGAGCAGGGUUGGUCUGCUGUUUCACUCCUGUGUGAUUUACACACAUUUCGUCAACAAGAAAGGGACUCACUAACAGUCCUGGGUGAGAGGCUGGACAGGGAGAGCCUCAGACUUUUGUGUCUUUACAUCAGGUUGGCAACUCUCAGAGCUCAGAGAGAAAAAAUGUCCUACAGCGCUUUUCUGGCAGCUCGGCAGUCCUGGGAGACAUGGCCACAUGUUAAGAGCCCAUGCCGAGCAGAGCAGGCAGCCCAGUGGCUACGUGGUGAAGUGGAGGAGCAAAAGAAAGACUUUGUCUCGGAAUCACCACAGCAGCAGGCAGUGCUGCAGUUGCUAGUGCUGACACAGGAGCAGGAGAGGGAGCAUCUGGUCAAGUUGGUACACAGGAUUUCCCUAGAGGAUUUGCAAGAGCCAGGUUGCGCAGUGCCUCCAAGAGAGGAUAGUCAUAUACACGAUGUUUUAAGAAAUGGCUGCAUAAAAAGGCUGAGACAAAUCCAGGCCGGCCUGCAGACACUCAAUGAGACUCAGAUCCCCUUACAGCAAACAAACCCUCAGGCACAACUCCAGCCCCAGCCCCAAAUGCAGGCCCACAUAAGCAGUCAACCGGGGAUUUGGUCCCAACACCAGCUGGAGGAUUGUUCCCUGCUCCUCUUGACCCAUCUGAUGGAGCUCCAGGAGGUCCAAGCUUCUGCAUUACUGCCAGCAUUGAUGGACAAGAGCGUACAGGGUGUCCAAGCUCUGCGAGAUGAAUAUGAAUCUGCACUUCAAGCAAAGCGCUACACCAACCCACUCCAACUCCUGGUCUCAGACGCCCCUCUCACUUCCUGUUCUAUACUAACUCCUUAUCCGAACGUAACCGAAAUGAGCAGCAAUGAGCUCAUCACAGCUCAAUCCUGCUGCAGUGGACCAGCUGAGGCUCAAAACAGCAGUGGAGCCCCAGCUGAAGCUCCGAGGUUUGUUUCAAUCAGAAGAGCCAGCAGAGAACUGAAUAGGGUGCAAGCUGCAGAUGGGACUGACAAACAGGACGUCUGUACAGGUUGUGGAGUGGCUGUGGAGGAACUGCCCUACUUGGAGAUCUUGUGUGUAUCAGAUGCAGCAAGUAAUACUCAUCGGAGUCUCGCUGCGGAGGGAGGAGCCCAGGAAGAAUUAGAGGGCAGUGCAGCAAAGAGCCCCCAGAGCUAUGAGAAACAGGGCUCACUGAUCGCCCUUGCUUGGAGCAAACCGCCAGAUGAUGACACUGACUAUGAGGCAGAAGCUGCAGUCGGGGGCACAGGACAGAGCCAGGAUGUUGAGAGCAGUUCGAAGACCCAAGUCCAGAAAAGUGACAUGAACAGCACAGCUGAACACACAGAGUGUGAGGAGACUUCUGGAGAGAAAGACAGGGAAGAUCUGUUCCAGUCUGAUUUGACAGGUCAUCGUGACACGCAGUCUGCAGACCAGCAGUGCAACACAGUAGGACAGAAGAGAGCAAUAGCUGAUCAACAGGAGAAGGGAGAAGCCGUAUCCAACUGUGACCUGCAAACAUAUGAGUCGGUAGCAGAAACAUUGCAGGGUGUACAACCACAUCUCUUGGUUGACGUUCCUGAAAUUAAGCGGCACGCUGGUGACCUCUGCUCUAGACUUAUGAAUGAGACAGCAAAUGUGGACAGAGAAGUGGCUGAGGUGGAAUUAUGUCCCACUGCAACCGAGACACAGCAGUGGGACUUUAGAAGGCCUGAACCCGCUCAGGCUGAGGACGAGAAAUGUAAUUCACGAGCCACAGUUGACUGUAGCCCUGCAGAGAGGGAAUCCACACUGAUGGAGAGAGAGCAAUCCACAGAACCAGUCUCGGCAGUGGAGAGAGAACGAACAAUGCGCAACCUGGUGGACAUGCAAAGAAAGGUUGAACAGAAGCAGCAGAGAGAUAGAGAGAGACAACUGCUGAGGGUUCAGGAGCGUCUGUCCAUCAUCCAGAACAGGAAGGCAGAGGAAGACCUGCUUGGCCUGAAACACACAGACAGGCUAAGGCACCUCACACAAGAUCUACCACAGGAGGAUAAGAACCGGCAGAAGACAGUUGUUAGAGAGAGACUGGAGCAGCUGAGAAGAGAGCGUUCCCAUGUCAUGCAGUCCAAACGAGACAGGAACACUGCAGGAUUUAAAGAACUCCUUGGACCAGUAGCUCUCCACAGCAGAGAAACAGAUGAUGGAGCAGAUUGAGAAACUACGGCUGUUUAAAUUCAUGUCUUGUUAAAGAAACACAUCAAUAAUCUCAUAUUGUUCAUAGUGGCUCACUAAAUACUACCACAACAAACCUAUGGUUUUCUAAUGAUUUAAAUUAUUUUAAACCACAUUGCUUCUCAAAUAAUAUUCUGAUGCUUUCAAGUGUAAUGCUGUAGAUCUCACAUCAGUGACAGCCUUCCCAUUUGUUUGUGGUCACAUAAGCGCACAUUAUAGUGGUUGACCAAUAUGGGUUUCUCAUUGGCGAUAUUUGGAGAGCAGGGUGGCCGAUGGCCAAAAGAAAGGAAAGUCACGUAUAAUUUAAUUUUUCCAUGCAAUACAAUACAUUGUUUUCUUGGCUAGUAGUGCGUUGUUUUACAUGGAUUUUUUAUUAAUGAAUGAAAUAGAAAAAUACACUGGGUUAUGCCUGUGGUUCUCAAACUGGGGGGCACUGGACAGUGGGUGUGGCUGAUCAGGGGAAAAUGAGUUGAAUGAACAUGAUUUACAUAGGGAAAGAGAACAAGAGUUUGCUGAUGCUAUCAUGUUAACCGGAAUCAUUUCUUUUAUUUCAAUCUAAGUCACCUUGGCAGUUACCAGCCAAUACCGAUUAUCUCAAAAUGCCAGAUAUCAACCAAUUAAUUGAUCAAUCACUAGUACAUUAUAAAACUAUUCUCAAAGAUGCAGGUUGUGCAUAUGAAAUAAAACAGAUCUCAAAUGUAUAUUGACUGUUUAUUAU